CAUUCUCUCAUUAGAUGCCUUAAUAUUUUUAUUUUACACAUUGUGAUUUUUGUCUCCAAAACUGCUCGAGUUUUUACUUCCACCGAAAAAUGGUGUCUUGGAGCAGCUUCGCACGCCCGUUAACGGCAUUAGCACAAUAUCGAAAUAUUUUACAAUCACCAGUGUGCAAGAAUGCCUUGCAGAUUCAGGUACGCAAUGCCGGGCAUGAACAUCAUCACUUUGCAGUGCAACCUUCCCGUUUCCAAUGGAAUAAAUUCAAGGAUUUACUGCACUUCUAUGUAAUGAUAGGCCUUAUUCCUAUCACAGGAAUUGUGUUAUACACUAACAUUUUCAUUGGUCCAGCCCAAUUAGCGGAAAUUCCAGAAGAUUACGAACCAAAACAUUGGGAAUAUCACAAGCACCCGAUUUCUCGCUUCAUCUCCCGUUAUAUUUAUCCUUCCCCACAGCAGGAGUACGAAAAGUCUUUACACCAUAUUUAUGAGGAAAAUGAAAAGGCUCUUUUGAGAGCUCUUGAGAAAGAAGUAAAGGCCAAGAUGGCUGAGCGCAAUGACUACAAAGCAUACUACUACCGCCCUGCCAUCGCCAAGUACCAUAGAAUUUCGAAAGAGGCUGCCGAUGAAUUGGAAUCGAUAAGGGGCAAAUAAUAACGAAACAAUUUUUCAAGCAGUGUUCUGUAUACAAAUUAUAGUUUGAAUAAAUACAUAGUAUUGCACUAAAAUUAAA